AUGGGAGUCCUCCUCGUGUGGACGGACUUUACAGACUGUGCAAGCCUAGUCCCUCCGGAGGAGACCCACAGCACGCCGGGCACGCCCAGUCCCUCCAGGGGAGGCGCACAGCACGCCGGGCACGCCCAGUCCUCCAGGGGAGACGCACAGCACGCCGGGCACGCCCAGUCCCUCCAGGGGAGACGCACAGCACGCCGGGCACGCCCAGUCCCUCCAGGGGAGACGCACAGCACGCCGGGCACGCCCAGUCCCUCCAGGGGAGACGCACAGCACGCCGGGCACGCCCAGUCCCUCCAGAGGAGACGCACAGCAUGCCGGGCAUGGGCAGGCACCUGUUCUUGGGAACAAACCAUCUGGAGAAAGAGCUGGAAUGGAGCCCAUCAGCCUCCAAUGGUGCUUCACUGCUUCAGGAAGAUGCAUGGCUCAGCAGGACAACAGGGCUCAGCAAGCCACACAGAGCUCAGCGGUUCACAGCCACAGAUUCUCACAGGCAAAGACGAGAGGAUGGAUAAACAAGGAUUUGCCAAGGAGAAGAGGCCAAUGUCACAUUUUCUCCCUCAGUGUGUUCAGAUGGGAUUGGAAAAUCUCCCUGGCCCACGUAGGGUGUCUCCUCUGCUCCAAGGGUUGGACAAAUGGCAACUUCUUUCUGGAGAUCCCUUGCCAGUUGGGUUUGUUUAUAACCCACCAAUGAGAAGCUUUGAAGAUAUUUCAAAGAUGAAAGAGAAGCAGAAGCCACACUGUGGCUCCCCCAAAGGCACAGGAGGAAUGGCUAAGAUUCAGCAGACAGGAGAAUAUGGAGCAAGCUGGGGCCUCCCUGCAGGGCUUGGAUGA